AAUUCUGGAACCUCGAAUGAUAAAAAAUCUGAACCUUCUUCUACUAAACAAACUGUUGAACCUACGAAAGGUUCUGAAUCAUCUAAGCAAUCUGAAGCUUCUACUAAACAAAACGAUGAACUUACGAAAGAUUCUGCUCCACAAAAACAAUCUAAUUCUUCUUCUGGUGUACAAUUGGUUGUAGACACGCCAGUAUCCAAUUCUCAGGAUACUAGGUCUGGAAAUUCAAAUGAUAAAAAAUCUUCUGACUCUUCAUCUGAACCUUCUUCUACUAAACAAACUGUUGAACCUACGAAAGAUUCUGAAUCAUCCAAGCAAUCCCAAGCAAGCGAAUCAAAGAAAGAUUCUUCUUCUGGUGUACAAUUGGUUGUAGAUACGCCUGUAUCCUCCGGCUCUUCUGAUAGAAACCAACCUACAGAUACGAAAAAGGAUGUUGAUUCAUCUGAAAAAACCCACAACUCUGAAUCCAAAAUCAAUGAGCAUGAAACUAGUACUAAACAUUCUGAUCUCUAUUCUCAGACCGUUACCCAAGCAUGGAACGCCGAGUCUUUAUCCGCAGGUCAAGAUCAUACAACAAAACCUAAUGCAUCGUUAUCUGAUGAAACUGCUGUUGAAUUUUCAAGUGAUUCUUAUGAAGAUGUUACUGUUGGUUCAGCAGCUUCAUCAGAAACAAGCAAUCAUGGAUCGAUUUCAGUUGCAGCUACAUCUGAAGCUAAUCAACCUACAACUCAGUCCACAAAUUCUAGUACGUCUGAUGGUAACAAAGUUGUCGUCAUAAUAACUUCAAAUGAUAACGACUCUGGUUCAUCUGAAAUACCAUCACAAUCGUCCAAUCAGCAAACUAGUUCUAACUCAGCGUCUGCAACUAAUAAUCAAACAUCUCAAGAAUCCAGCUCAACUAUUACUUCCGUUCAUGAUGGCGUUAACGCUGGAUCUGACCAAGCAAAAGAUCAAUCUGGUUCUCCCUCUUCUCAAACUUCGAAUCAUGAAUCAAGCUUAAGCUCUACUUCCGAAUCUACCACUCAAUCUUCUCAAGCAUCUUAUGAAUCUAGCUCAAUUAGGACUUCAGAUACAGAGUCUAAUAGCCCAGUAACACAACAAUCACCAACUGUUGCUUCAACUUUUGAUUCUAUUUCAGAAGGCCCAAGCACUCAAUCACCUGCCAGUUCAUCUUAUGACUAUACCACCGUUGGAUCAUCAGAGGUUGUAGAUCAAUCUACUUCUCAAACAUCCAGUCAAAAUUCAACCCCUAGUUCUUCAGCCGAAUCUGGCUCAAUCCGAAAUUCAGAUUCAGAUUCACAGUCUUAUAGCCCAGUAACUCAACAAUCAGGUGAAGUGUCAAUAGAUGUGACCGUUGGAUCAGUUGAUCCAGUUUCAACUGAAUCUAGUAGCCAAGCUACCCAAACAUCUUCACAGUCAUUUAGCAAUGUAUCAAUCUCUGUUGCAGCUUCAUCUGAAGGUGUUGCACCUACGACUCAGGCAACUUCUAGUACCCCUGAUGGUAACACAGUUGUUGUAAUAAUAGCUUCAAAUGAUAAUGACUCUGUUUCUUCUGGUACAUCAUCACAAUCUUCAUCUUAUGCAACUAAUAGUCAGAUAUCUCAAGCAUCCAACUCAACAGUUACACCUCUUAAUGAAGAUUUAGGUCCAGCUUUUACAACAUCUAGUGAAUCAUUGUCUGAUGAAAUUGCUUUUGAAUUUUCAACUGAUUCUUACAUAGAUGCUACUGUCGGAUCAUCAGCCUCAUCUGCAACUAGCAAUAUAUCAAUCUCAGUUUCAACUUCAUCUGAGGGUAAUGAACCAACAACUCAGGCAACUUCUAGUACAUCUGAUGGGAAUACCGUUGUCGUAAUAGUGACCACAAAUGAUAAUGACUCUGCUUCAUCUGGUACUCCAUCACAAACUUCAAAUCAGCAAACUAGCUCAAGUUCGUCGUCUGCAACUAUUAAUCAAGUAUCUCAAGAGUCAAACUCAACUGUUGAUCCUAUUUCAGAAGUUCAAAGCACUCAAUCUUCUUCCAGUUCAUCUUAUGCCGAUACUACCGUUGGAUCUUCUGAGGUUGUAAAUCAAUCUACUCCUCAAACAUCCAGUCAGAGUUCAACACCUAGUUCUUCGGCUGAAUCUGAUUCAAUCAGGGUGUCAGAUCAAGAGUCUUAUAACGCAGUUACUCAACAAUCAGGUGAAAUAUCUGUAGAUGUAACUGUUGGAUCAAUUGUUCCAGUUUCAACUGAAACUAGUAGCCAAGCUACCCAAUCAACCUCGCAGUCAUCCAGCAAUGUAUCAGUUUCAGUUUCAACUGAAGAUGACGAACCUACAACUUCAAGUCCCUCUGAUGGAAACACAGUGGUCGUAAUCGUGACCACAAAUGAGAGUGACUCUGCUUCAUCUGGUACUCCAUCACAAUCUGCAAAUCAGCAAACCAGUUCUAGUUCAUCGUCUGUAACUAAUAAUCAAGCAUCUCAAGAAAAUCGCCCAACUGUUGCUUCUCUUUAUGUAGAUUCAACUGUUGGCUCUGCGGUUACCGAAAAUCAAUCCGUAUCUCAAACAUCAACAUCUAGUUUGGAGUAUAGCACACAAGCUUCAUCUCAGGAAUCUGGCGAAAUUCGUACCUCAGAUUCAGAGUCCAGUAACCCAGUUUCUCAACAAUCAAGUGAAGUAUCAAUAGAUGUAACUGUUGGAUCAGUUGAUUCAGUCGCGACAGAAACCAGUAGCCAAGCUUCGCAAACACCUUCACAAUCGUCCAGCAAUGUAUCAGUCUCAGUUCCAAUCACAUCUGAAGGUAACGAACCUACGACUUCUAAUACGUCUGAUGGUAACACCGUUGUGAUAGUCACCACAAAUGAUAAUGACUCUGGUUCAGCUGUAACAUCAUCUCAAUCUUCAAGUAAUCAAAAUGUUCCGUCUCUUAAUGAACAUCCAACUGAGAGUCAAGAUCUUACAGCAUCUAGUGAAUCGUUGUCAGAUGAAAUCGAUUUUGAAUUUUCAACUGAUUCUUAUGAAGAAGUAACCGUCGGAUCAUCGGCCUCAUCUGCAACUAGCAACUACGAAUCACAAUCAUCUAACCAUGAAUCAGUCUCAUUUACAGCUACAACUCAAAGUAACGAACCUACAACUUCUAAUUCAGCUGAUGGUAACACAGUGGUCGUAGUCGUGGCAACAAAUCAGAAUGACUCUGCUUCAUCUGGUACUCCAUCACAAUCUGCAAAUCAGCAAACAAGUUCUAGUUCUUCGUCUGCGACUAACAGUCAAGCAUCUCAAGAGUCAAACCCAACUGUUGCUUCUCUUUAUGAAGAUUCAAUUGUUGGCUCUGCGGUUACCGAAAACCAAUCCUCGGAGUAUAGCACACAAGCUUCAUCUCAGGAAUCUGGUGCUAAGCGGACCUCAGAUUCAGAGUCCAGUAACCCAGUUUCUCAACAAUCAAGUGAAGUAUCUGCAGAUGUAACUGUUGGAUCAAUUGUUCCAGUUUCAACUGAAACUAGUAGCCAAGCUGUCCAAACGUCCUCUCAAUCAUCCAGCAAUGUAUCAGCCUCAGUUUCAUCGGAAGUUAACGAACCUACAACCUCUAGUACCUCUGACGGUAACACAGUUGUUGUAAUUGUAUCAUCAAACGAAAACAGCGAAGUUUCAUCUUCGCAAUCCGCUAGCCAUGAAUCAAAACCAUCUUAUGACUCUGUUUCUCAAUCAGUUACCCCAGCAUGGAACUCUGCUUCUUUACAUGAGGGUCAAGAUCUUACAACAUCUAGUGAAUCGUUAUCUGAUGAAAUUGCUUUUGAAUUUUCAACUGAUUCUUACGAAGAUGCUACUGUUGGGUCAUCUGCCUCAGCUGAAAAUAGCAAAUACGGAUCACAAUCAUCCAGCAAUGUAUCAAUAUCAGUUUCAACUUCAUCUGAGGGUAAUGCACCAACAACUCAGGCAACUUCUGGUACCUCUGAUGGUAACACAGUUGUUAUAAUUGUAUCAUCAAACGAAAACAGUGCUGAUUCAUCUGGUACACCAUCACCAUCUCCAGAUCAGCAAACUAGUUCUAGUUUGUCUGCAACUUUUGAUUCAAUUUCAGAAGUCCAAAGCACUCAAUCAUCUGCCAGUUCAUCUUAUGAUGAUACAACCGUUGGAUCCUCAGAAGCUGUAGAUCAAUCUACUCAUAAGAUGCCAACUCAAGAUUCAACACCUAGUUCUUCAACCCAAUCAACUCCAAAUUCAGAUUCAGAAUCUAGUAACCCAGUAACUCAACAAUCAGGUGGAGUAUCAAUAGAUGUAACAGUUGGAUCAGUUGAUUCAGUUUCUACAGAAACUAGUAGCCAAGCUUCGCAAACGUCUUCACAAUCAACUAGCAACACAGCAAAUUCAGCUGCAGGUUCUUCUGGUGCAGAUGCUGUUGUUGUAUUUGUCACCUCAACUGAAGCAACUACUGGUUCUUUUGGAAUUCCUUCACAAUCAACAAGCUCAUCAUCUAGUUCCUCAUCUGAAAUUAACAAUCAAUCUUCGGAGCAAAAAUACGAAUCAUCCUCUUCUGAAACAAUUACUCAAGCAUGGAAUUCGGGUUCUUUAGCUGUUGAACAAGAUAAUACGAAUGCAUCUGCCGGAUUGUCUGAUGGAACUGUUUUUGAGUUCUCAACAGAUUCUUAUGAAGAUCAAACUGUUGGAUCUGUAGUAACCCAAGACCAAUCCGUAUCUCCAACAUCAUCAUCUAGUUCGGAGUAUAACACACAAGUUUCUCAAUCAUCUCAGCAAUCUGAGUCAACCCGUAACUCAAAUUCAGAGCCUAGUAACCCAGUAACUCAACAAUCAGAUGAAGUAUCCAUAGAUGUAACCGUCGGAUCAGUCUCGACAGAAAGCCCAGAUCCGCAAACAUCUUCACAAUCAUCCAGCAAUGUAUCAAUAUCAGUUUCAACUUCAUCUGAAGGUAAUGAACCAACAACCCAGGCAACUUCUAGUAAAUCUGAUGGAAACACAGUUGUCGUAAUAGUGACCACAAAUGACUCUGCUUCAUCUGGUACUCCAUCACAAACUUCAAAUCAGCAAACCAGCUCUAGUUCAUCGUCUGUAACUAAUAAUAAAGCAUCUCAAGAAACCAGCCCAACUGUAGCUUCAACAUUUGAUUCAAUUUCAGAAGUCCAAAGCACUCAAUCAUCUUCCAGUUCAUCUUAUGACGAUACCACCGUUGGAUCAUCAGAGGUUUUAGACCAAUCUACUUCUCAAACAUCCAGUCAAAAUUCAACCCCUAGUUCUUCAGCCGAAUCUGGCUCAAUCCGAAAUUCAGAUUCAGAUUCACAGUCUUAUAACCCAGUUACUCAACAAUCAGGUGAAGUAUCAAUAGAUGUGACCGUUGGAUCAGUCGACUCAGUUUCAACUGAAACUAGUAGCCAAUCCACCCAAACAUCAUCACAAUCGUCCAGCAAUGUAUCAGUCUCCGUUUCAACUGCAUCUGAAGGUAACGAACCUACAACUUCAGCAUCUAGUUCUUCAACCCAAUCUGGCACUCAAUCAGCCCAGGAAUCUGGUUCUAUCCAUACCUCAAAUUCAGAUUCAGAAUCUAGUAACCUAGUUACUCAACAGUCAAGUGCAAUAGAUAUAGAUGUUACAGUUGGAUCAGUUGAUUCAGUUUCUACAGAAACUAGUAGCCAAGCUUCGCAAAUGUCUUCACAAUCAACUAGUGGCACAUCAAGUUCAGCUGCAGGUUCAUCUGGUGUAGAUGCUGUUGUUGUAUUUGUCACCUCAACUGAAGCAACUACCGGUACUUAUGAGAGUUCUUCAAAGGCAACAAGCUCAUCUUCGAGCUCUACAUCUGAAGUUAUCACUCAAGUUUACCAAUCUGGCAGUUCAUCUAGCUCAAGUUCAUCAGCAAGUUUCCAUUUUACCAACCAGACAAGCCAAGUUAAUGAAGACAAUGAACCAGCAGUAUCAACAGAAACUAUUCAAGUCGACCAAACAUCUACUCAGUCUUCAAGUCAAGAGGCUGUUUCAACUUCCAGCGCUUCCUCUGAAACAAAAAAUCCAGUUACACAACCAGCUGUUGACACUUCUUCUUCCGAAUCCUCUCAUGCCUUUGACGAGAUAACGCGUGUUUCUACUCCUCUGGAAUCGAUAACCGAAGCUGUGAAUGAAGUUAAUAAUGAGUCUGAUAGUACUGAAGCCUCUCAAAUAACUUCAACUGGAAAUGCUUCACAUAAUCACACUUUAUACGUUGCUGUCAAAGUUUCUUCAACUGAACCUAUUGUCGCUUCGUCUGUCGCCAAAAGUUAA